AUGCUGCAGUUGGGGCGGCUGGGAGGCGGAGGCAGCGACUUUUCACCAUUCCUGCAGCACCUUGGGAUUGCCGCAGCAGACACCUACUUUCGAGGAUCCUUCCCCAUGUUCCACAGUGUGUAUGACAACUACCAUUGGAUGGCCACCUUUGCCGAUCCACUCUUCAAGCGCCACGUGGCAAUCGCCAAGAUGAUGGCUGGCGUGGCUGCCAGGCUGGCAGGCAACCACCGCCUGUCCUUCAACUACACCGCCUAUGCUGUCCACCUGGAGCAUGACGUGGCUAGGCUGCAGGCUGACGUGGCAGAACAAGGCGCCCCGUCAUCUCUCUCCGUGGUGCUGCUCUUUGCGUCUGUCUCUCACCUCCUGGCUGCUGCUCAAAGUAUUGAAGCGGAAAUCAAGGUGUGGAAACUGGUAUUCCAUGUUCAGGUGUGGUGCACAGCGGUGGGGAGCACAGCGGUGGGGUGCACAGCGGUGGGGUGCACAGCGGUGGGGUGCACAGCGGUGGGGUGCACAGCGGUGGGGGUGCACAGCGGUGGGAUGCACAGCGGUGGGAUGCACAGCGGUGGGAUGCACAGCGGUGGGAUGCACAGCGGUGGGAUGCACAGCGGUGGGAUGCACAGCGGUGGGGGUGCACAGCGGUGGGAUGCACAGCGGUGGGAUGCACCAGCGGUGGGAUGCACAGCGGUGGGAUGCACAGCGGUGGGAUGCACAGCGGUGGGAUGCACAGCGGUGGGAUGCACAGCGGUGGGAUGCACAGCGGUGGGAUGCACAGCGGUGGGGGUGCACAGCGGUGGGAUGCACAGCGGUGGGAUGCACAGCGGUGGGAUGCACAGCGGUGGGAUGCACAGCGGUGGGGGUGCACAGCGGUGGGAUGCACAGCGGUGGGAUGCACAGCGGUGGGAUGCACAGCGGUGGGAUGCACAGCGGUGGGAUGCACAGCGGUGGGAUGCACAGCGGUGGGAUGCACAGCGGUGGGAUGCACAGCGGUGGGAUGCACAGCGGUGGGGGUGCACAGCGGUGGGAUGCACAGCGGUGGGAUGCACAGCGGUGGGAUGCACAGCGGUGGGAUGCACAGCGGUGGGAUGCACAGCGGUGGGAUGCACAGCGGUGGGAUGCACAGCGGUGGGAUGCACAGCGGUGGGAUGCACAGCGGUGGGGGUGCACAGCGGUGGGAUGCACAGCGGUGGGAUGCACAGCGGUGGGAUGCACAGCGGUGGGAUGCACAGCGGUGGGGGUGCACAGCGGUGGGAUGCACAGCGGUGGGAUGCACAGCGGUGGGAUGCACAGCGGUGGGAUGCACAGCGGUGGGAUGCACAGCGGUGGGAUGCACAGCGGUGGGAUGCACAGCGGUGGGAUGCACAGCGGUGGGAUGCACAGCGGUGGGAUGCACAGCGAGCAGCACAGCGUCUAGCAGCAGUGCAUGCAGGUGCACGUGGGGGAGGGCGCAUCCUGGAAGGGCACUGCAUCCACAUGCAGAAUCAAGAGGGCGCAUCCUGGCGUCCACGCCUGCCUGAAAGGGUUGAGUGGGCGUCUGUUUCUGGCGAAGAGGGGGUUCCUGGUCGGGGCACUGUAUUGGAUCGCACCAUGGUAUUGGAUCGCACCAUGGUAUUGGAUCGCACCAUGGUAUUGGAUCGCACCAUGGUAUUGGAUCGCACCAUGGUAUUGGAUCGCACCAUGGUAUUGGAUCGCACAACGGUAUUGGAUCGCACCACGGUAUUGGAUCGCACCACGGUAUUGGAUCGCACCACAGUAUUGGAUCGCACCACCGUAUUGGAUCGCACCACGGUAUUGGAUCGCACCACGGUAUUGGAUCGCACCAUGGUAUUGGAUCGCACCAUGGUAUUGGAUCGCACCAUGGUAUUGGAUCGCACCAUGGUAUUGGAUCGCACCAUGGUAUUGGAUCGCACCAUGGUAUUGGAUCGCACAACGGUAUUGGAUCGCACCACGGUAUUGGAUCGCACCACGGUAUUGGAUCGCACCACGGUAUUGGAUCGCACCACAGUAUUGGAUCGCACCACCGUAUUGGAUCGCACCACCGUAUUGGAUCGCACCACGGUAUUGGAUCGCACCACGGUAUUGGAUCGCACCACGGUAUUGGAUCGCACCACAGUAUUGGAUCGCACCACCGUAUUGGAUCGCACCACCGUAUUGGAUCGCACCACCGUAUUGGAUCGCACCACCGUAUUGGAUCGCACCACGGUAUUGGAUCGCACCACGGUUUUGGAUCGCACCACGGCAUGGGAUCGCACCACGGUAUUGGAUCGCACCACGGUAUUGGAUCGCACCACGGUAUGGGAUCACACCACCGUAUUGGAUCGCAUCACCGUAUUGGAUCGCACCACCGUAUUGGAUCGCACCACCGUAUUGGAUCGCACCACCGUAUUGGAUCGCACCACGGUAUUGGAUCGCACCACGGUUUUGGAUCGCACCACGGUAUGGGAUCGCACCACGGUUUUGGAUCGCACCACGGUAUUGGAUCGCACCACGGUAUUGGAUCGCACCACGGUAUUGGAUCGCACCACGGUAUUGGAUUGCACCACGGUAUUGGAUCGCACCACGGUAUUGGAUCGCACCACGGUUUUGAAUCGCACCACGGUUUUGGAUCGCACCACGGUAUUGGAUCGCACCACGGUAUUGGAUCGCACUACAGUUGAUUCAGGCAGCCCUGAGAAGGACAACGUCUAUGCCACGCCAGCAUUCCCGGCCAUCCGUGAUGCCAUUGCUGACUUCAUCAAGAGCAGCGCCUCUAAGGGAAAUCUCGAGGUUGGGGCGGGUGGUGCUGUGAAGGGGAGAAGCAGUAGUGAGGGUGGGGAGGAGUGGAGUGCGGUGCAGCAUGAGAUUUUCCGGGCGGCACGGGCAAUUGAGCGGGCGGCGAAGAUCCUCAAGGGGCAGCUGCUGUGA